GCCAUACGCGCGGAGAUGGUCGCGAGGCCGUACUGCAGGUGUGGAGACGCACCAUGUCAUUCUCCCGUUUAGGGAUCAGUUAGACCGCAUGACGGCCCCCGAGGCUUUCAUAUGGACGCCGUAUGAUCAGAUUUUGGGUCAGCUGCCGGCGUUUUGUAGGGCUGGUGAGCACAUGUGGACUGCACGGUGUCCAUUGAUCCAUAUGGACAUCGUUGAGCAUCACGCACCCGACCGUGUAUUACGGCAGUUUGGGCAUGUGCAGAACAUACCCGCGGCUACACAUUGGGAGCACUACCACUACACCAGGGACGAGCGUUCGAUCGAUAGUACGGCAUGGCGGGCGCGUAUGCACCAGGAAGUCAAUGCAUGGAACAAGAGGAUGACGACUCUAGCGGCGGUCGGACAUGACACUCCGGUCCAUGAGUACAUGACUUGGUACAUGCAUAUCACUCGCUCUUUGGUUGCCAACCCCUCGACACCGCGUCCUGAUGGCCGAGGAUAUGCAUCACUCUCAGGAGCGUACGAGGCGCUGCUACGGAUGACUCUGAUGAUACGCCAUGAGAGCAUUCCCCUUACGGAGUGCACCGACCCCGGGAUAGUAGCAUAUGCGGCACGGAUAGUUCAUCUUACCGACACUGGUAUGACACGGAACGGAGUGGCAUCGUGUCGAGGAUGUACCGGAGGGUGUUCUGGGGUGGCUCCGUCGGCUACAGAUACCCUUUCUUCUUCCAGGCCGUCGACUUCACAGAGACCUGGAUAUACGCCAGAGAUGUUCCCACGUUAUGAUCCUUGGUCAUCAUUUCCGCAGAUGCCAGUUGGUGAUCUACAUAUUGGAGGUGGAGAUGAGGACUUGGAUAUUAUUUUCGAUGACUUCUUUCUCCGUUCUACAGUUGGUGAUCUACAUAUGGGAGGUGGAGAUGAGGACUUGGAUAUUAUUUUCGAUGACUUCUUUCUCCGUUCUACAGCCGGGCCUUCGGCACCAUCUGCAUCUCCGGCUCCGCGGGCCGCUCAGGAGCCCUCUCACAUGCCAUCUCAGGAGCCCGUUCAUUCUUCUGCGCCUGUGGACCCGUCUCCGCCUGUCUAG